UGUCAGGUUCGUCAUCGCCGGCAAGUCUCAAGUCGCAAGUCGAAUGCAACUGCGGUGCCAUGUGAUCACCAAGUAAUUUCUGCUCAGGCCCUUAUUACGACGGUUUCGCUCGUGCCACACAUAACACUACUCUUUUGUGAUGAUAGUCUGCUUUCACUGUCCUUGAUUAUUAUUCAAGCACACCUGUACCAUUUCCCCUCUCCAACUGACCUCGAAAGCCCUGCACCCUCCUCUGACUUCCUCUUUGACAAUCCUCCAACACCAUCAGCACCAUGUCCCUCAAGAACGACGCAUUCCCAUCCUCCGAGGCAUUUGACGUGAUUCAGUCUGCUCUCUCCUCCAGCGAAGCCGAUAGAAAAGAUGCCGUUGCGCAGGGAAAGGCCAUCUUUGCCUUUAAAUUGAAAAACGACCAAGGCCAGGAGGAGGCAUGGCAUCUAGACCUCAAAGAGUCUGGCAAGGUUGGCAAGGGCGAGGCACCCCAGGGCAAGAAAGCCGACGUCACACUAUCGCUCUCUGACGAGAACUUUGGCAAAUUGGUCAGCGGCAAGACCAAGGCUCAAUCAUUGUUUAUGAGCGGCAAACUCAAGAUCAAGGGUAAUGUCAUGAAAGCCACCAAGAUGGAACCUAUCCUAGCAAAGGCCAAAACUCAAUCAAAACUAUAGAUUUGCUGUCCUUUUAUAUCACCAGCAAGUAUCAGAGAUUCGCGUCUCAUCUUGCGUUACAAAUUUACCCACACUCUGAUGAUCAUGCUACCAUGUGCUCUCC